CGGCCGCUCAGCCCUUCCCCUUCCCCUGCUCGGCAUCGCGGUGUCGCCAUGCACCGCCCGGGCUGGGCGCUGCUGGCCCGCCUGGCCCGGGCCCGGCCCUGGGUGGCGGCGCAGCGGCGCGGGGCGGCGGUGAGGGACGAGGAGGAGCGGUUCGUCUUCCUCGAGUACGAGCCGCAGCCGGAGCUGGAGGCAGCGAGGAGCGAGGCGGCGGCAGCGGAGCACCGCCGAGGGCCGGCGGCGGGCAGGGAGCGGCGGGCGGCGGUCGCGGCGCCCCCGGGGCGUCCCGACCCGGCGGUGCCGCCGAGCGGGGUGAGCUGCUCGGGCUGCGGGGCCGAGCUGCAGUGCCGCGACGGAGGGGAGCCCGGCUUCGUGCCGGCGGACAAGUACCGGAGCCUGACGGAGGGCCCCGAAGGGGUCGCGGGGCUGCGGGGCGCCGUCUGCCAGCGCUGCUGGCUGCUGGCCCACCACGGCCGGGCGCUGCGGCUGCAGCUGCCCCCGGAGCAGCACCGGCAGGUGGUGAGCGCUGCCCUGCGCCGCCCGUCCAGGCACGGCCGCGGACCGCUGCUCCUCUACCUCCUGGACGUGCUCGAGCUGCCCGACCCCGUGCUGCCGCAGAUACCGGCGCUGCUGGACCCCGACGUCCCCGCUGCCGGGCUGCUGGUGGUGGGCAACAAGGUGGACCUGCUGCCCGCCGACUCCGCCGGGCACCUGGGACGGCUGCGGCAGCGGCUGGAGGCGGCCUGCGUCCGAGCCGGCCUGCGGAGAGGAGGUCUGCUGGUGGACGUCCGGCUGGUGAGCGCCAAGACGGGCUUCGGCCUCGAGGGGCUGGUCAGCCGGCUGCAGCGCUCCUGGAAGUGCACCGGGGACGUCUACCUGCUGGGAGCCACCAACUCGGGCAAGUCGACGCUCUUCAACGCCCUGCUGCACUCCGACUACUGCAAGUCCCGUGCCCCCGACGUCGUCAACAGGGCCACUGUCUCGCCGUGGCCAGGAACAACAUUGAACCUAUUGAAAUUUCCAAUUAUUAAUCCGACGUGUGACAGGAUAUUCCGAAGGCAGGAGAGGCUGAAAGAAGAGGCAUUGAAAACAGAAGAUCAGCUAAGCAGUGAAGAAAAACGGUACCUUAAUCACCUUAAAAAGCAAGGUUACUUAGUGGGAAGAGUUGGAAGAACAUUUCAACGUCAGAAUUCUAGCCCUCUGAUUGAGUUUGACCCUGACAUGCUCUCAUACAGCAUAGAUGAAGAUCCCAGCCAUUCACACAGGAAGCCUAAGGAAAGAGAAGAGUUCACAUACAAUGAAGUGAAGGAUGCUCGCUGGUGUUUUGAUACUCCAGGGAUUGUAAAGGAAAACUGUGUUUUGAAUCUCCUGACAGAGAAAGAAGUAAAGCUGGUUAUGCCAACAAAAGCCAUCAUUCCACGGACCUUCAUUCUCAAGCCAGGAAUGGUCUUGUUUUUAGCAGCUUUGGGACGUGUUGACUACUUGCAGGGAGAAAAGCCUGCCUGGUUUUCUGUUGUGGCUUCUAACCUGUUGCCAGUCCACAUUUCUACCCUGAGUAAUGCAGAUGCUCUCUAUGAGAAGCACGCUGGCCAAGAGUUUCUAAAGGUUCCCAUGGGUGGGAAAGAGCGAAUGAAAGAGUUUCCCCCACUUGUCCCCCAGGACAUUACACUGAAGGGAGUUGGUACCACUGAGGCAGUUGCGGAUAUCAAACUUUCCUCUGCAGGCUGGGUGACAGUGACAGCUCACCAGGAAGAGGAACUGCUGCUCCGAGCCUACACUCCCAGGGGCACCGAGCUGGUAGUGCGGGAGCCUCCACUUCUACCAUAUAUCAGUAGCAUCAGAGGGGCCCGGAUUGCAGGUACUGCUGCCUACAGGACCAAAAAGCCACCUGCCUUGGUGGAAAAUCUGAAAACCAUGGAGAACAAAUAGCACUUUUCAUCAUCUGGGCAAGACAGGAGACAGAACAGCCUUUGGAGAACCUUGUUGCCUGUUGAUGUUCAACUGACUGACCUGUUCUGACUGACCUGUGAGUAUCAGGGAGCAACUCCUUUCCUUGUUCCCUCUUGAAAUACAGGAUGGAACUCAGCUGCUAGCCCUGGGCUGACUUUGCUGCUCAAAGAGUAGGUCUUUUCUUGCAGGUCAGAAACUAUUACCUGGUUUUCAUGGACUUUAUGUUGCUUUCAAAGAUGAGGAUGUGGAGAGGGGAAGGGAGUGCUCUGGUGUGGGUAUGAUACUCUCAGGAGCUGACAGUAAUUCAAUAUUACUGACCAAAAAUCAGGCCCUCUCAGUCCUUCAACAUCUGGGGCAGACUGGUGAGUGCAAUGCCUUAUUUCUGGACACAGGAAAAAUGAAUUAACAAAAAGCACGUCUGCUCAGGUGCCUGACAAAAACUUUUACAACACACAGCUUGGAUUUGGUUUCUGUACCUUGUAUAAAUAUUUCUGAAACUGAGGGUGUAUAAUAAAAACCUUUUAGAGACUU